CGUUCGAAAUUGGAAGGGGGAAUUGAUAGAACCAGGAUAGAGUAGGAGAAGGUUCGUUCGGCCGAUUAGAGAGACGCGAGGAGACAGAGUGGCCCACCGAAGUCCAGUCCCGUUCGCCUACUUCUACAGUGGCGGCAACAAUCCCGAAGACCCUGCCGUCAGGAUGUUGAACAACCUCCACGGUGGAGGCACGGCUCCCUUAGCCUUCUCUUUCCUAGGCUCGAAAGACGAUUCCGGCCUGAUCAAAAGCAACGGCGGGGGCGAGGCGGGGAGCGGGACGCUGCAGGUCCUGGACGGGCUGCACGGGUCCACGAACCCCCCGGUCCAUGGGCCCGGGCCCAACGAGGGGACCAGCAACGACAAACCCGUCAAACAGAAGAGGCACCGGACGAGAUUCACGCCCGCACAGCUCCAGGAGCUCGAGAGGAGCUUCUCCAAAACGCACUAUCCAGACAUUUUUAUGAGGGAAGAGCUGGCCAUGCGCAUAGGACUCACAGAAUCCAGGGUGCAAGUUUGGUUCCAAAAUCGUCGUGCGAAGUGGAAAAAACGCAAGAAAACGACCAACGUUUUCCGCAAUCCAGGCGCCCUCCUCCCCUCUCACUCCCUGCCACCUUUCGGAUCCAUGGGCGAGGGAUUCUGUUCCUUCGCGACCACGGCCGACACGCGGUGGCCCAUGUCCCAGAUGGGAUCACCGGGUCUUCCCCUGGGACCUUCCUUGUCGAGGCAACCUGCACUCGCACAGUCCCUGUCACAGCACAGCGCAGCAGCGGCCGCGGCAGCCAUGGGAGGCAUGAAUCAGACUCCCAAUUACCUAUCCAACUACAACCAUUUCGGCGGUGGGAAUGGCACUACAGCGGGUAUGUGGACCGAUCGAUGGCAGGACGGGAGUUUCUAAACAGAAGAAAGCCAGGAACUUAUGCCAGAAGUAUAUGGCUGUGCAGGUGUCGUCUCAGCUGGUCCCCACCAACUCAUUACCCUCCAUAACGACGAGCGCCUGCUCCUCUAUGUACCAGUCGCCGUACGGGAGCCUCAACUCCGUUCCUCC